GAAAAACAUAUAUAAAAAUAACUCAGUGAUUGUGACGGUGUUUGAUGGCCCACCACUGCAAAAACAAUAAUACAUGUGAAUUUUUUAAGCAUUGAAAUCAAAAUUAAGGAACACAGUUUACUCUACAUGAUAUUCUACCAAAACUGUAUUUAUUUAUUUAUUUUCCUGAACCUUGUCCAAAUUAAGCGCAGUGAACUUAAACUUAAACUCAAACCCCAGUCUGAUUUCUGAUUCUGAAAGAGCAGCCACUAGCCGGAGACUUCGUAUUCUUCUUGUGCAAGAAACACCAUUAAAGACGAGACAUGUUUAUGUUUGCUCUAACGCCACCAUCAGGAAAAGAUGUACAUUGUGAAAAUGCCGGAUUUGUCUCACGACAUCAAAAUGCCGAAACCCGGGAUCGAACCAGGGACCUUUAGAUCUUCAGUCUAACGCUCUCCCAACUGAGCUAUUUCGGCGAUGAAAAAUAAUUGGCGUGCAUGUGAAAUUUACACAAACAGUUAAAUAUAACAACGAUUGUUCAUUUCAAAUGUGUUCUAAAUGGUUUACCGGUCGUUAAUUGGCUCAUACUUCGUGGAAAUGCACCGUAAAGUUGUUGGAUUAACUUUCUAUCUCCAUGGCUCUGUAUCUGUGGGACGUUACCAUACGGUGACGUAACUUCACACCCACAAUCAGCGCAGAGGCUGCUGGGAAGAAAGGUCAAGAAUCGCAGGCUGUUGAAGGUACGGAUUUACUGCUGUGACAAAGGAUAGCUAACUAAUGCUGCUGGUAAAAGUAAUCUGUUACUUUAAAUGAGACCUAUACGCUUCGAUACUAAUAACACAGUGAAAAUCACAAAACGCUAUCAUCCGUUCUUUUGUGUGAUUCAGCCGACACGACACUCUGGCUAGCUAACGUUAGCUGGCUAGCAGCUGCAUUGUUAUUGUUUUCGGUUUAUUUGGCGGCCAUAUAAACACUGCUCCCCGAGGUUCCCCAGCCGAGGCGGGGGUCCGGACUGCCUGAGUGAUGUUUUUCUGCCCGUCCCGUGAAGAUGGAUGAGAAAUCCAGCAGCAGCAGCCACCACCGGCUCCUGAUCGUCCUGCUCAUGGCGUUGCUCUUUGGCGUCAUUAUGGUCCAGUAUGUUUGCCCGAGCAGGUCUGAGUGCCAGAUGCUGCACCAGCUGGGGUCCUGGUUGAAAGUCGGCAGUGCAACUGGUUCCCGGGGCGGUGGCAACGAAGCCCAAGACGGGCUCCAGAAGGAUCCGUACAUCGCAGAAGACGGCGCUCUGGUCCGCUUUGUCCCUCGCUUCAACUUCACUAAAUCCGAUCUGAAUCGUGUUGUUGACUUCAACAUCAAAGGGGAUGAUGUUAUAGUUUUUCUGCACAUUCAGAAAACAGGUGGCACGACGUUUGGUCGACACCUGGUGCGGAAUAUUCAGCUGGAGAGGCCGUGUGAGUGCCACGCCGGCCAGAAGAAGUGUACCUGUUAUCGGCCAGGUAAGAAGGAAACCUGGCUCUUCUCUCGUUUCUCCACCGGCUGGAGCUGCGGCCUUCACGCGGACUGGACUGAGCUCACUAGCUGUGUGCCGUCACGCAUGGACUCACAAGAGGCUCCCAAGAACCUGCCCAGGAACUAUUAUUAUAUAACUAUCUUAAGAGACCCAGUGUCACGCUACCUGAGCGAGUGGCGUCAUGUGCAGCGUGGUGCCACAUGGAAAGCCUCUUUACACGUAUGUGAUGGACGUUCACCGACGCUGUCUGAGCUGCCGAGCUGCUACUCAGGAGACGACUGGUCGGGAUGCUCCCUGCAGGAGUUCAUGGACUGCCCCUACAACCUGGCCAACAACCGGCAGACCCGCAUGCUGGCUGACCUCAGCCUGGUGGGUUGCUACAACGUCUCUGCAAUGAGUGAGGAGGAGCGCUGGGCGGUUCUUCUGGAGAGUGCUAAACGUAACCUGCGGGGCAUGGCCUUCUUUGGGCUGACAGAGUACCAGCGCAAAACCCAGUACCUGUUUGAGCGAACCUUCAAGUUGGAGUUCAUCGCGCCCUUCACGCAGCUCAACGGCACACGUGCCUCCAGUGUUGACGUGCCUCCCGAGACGCAGCACAGAAUCCGCCAGCUAAACCAGUGGGAUGUGGAGUUGUACGAGUAUGCCCGCGACCUUUUCCUGCAGCGUUUCCAGGUGGCGAGGCAGCAGGAGCGCAGGCAGGCCAGAGAGAGGCGGCAGCAGGAGAGGAGGCGGCUCCGUGGAAGGCUCACAACGAAGCAAGGGAGGCAGCUGAAGCCCACAGAAACACCCCGUCAUCCUGACAGCCACUCUGUACUGACUGAGGAGCAGCAAAGGGAGAAGGCUGGUGGAGACAGUGUGGCAUCAGACAUGCUACUCCCAGACUGGUGGGAUCUGGAUGAGAAUGGCACCACAGAGGAUUACAUGGACAAUGUGGAGGGGUGGUAGUGACGGGCACAAGCAGUAGGGUCUUAAUACUAAGUGUGCCAAGUUCUGCCUUGUCUGUUGUCAAUGAAUCCAAGUUACUUUUAGUAUAUGCUUUCCACUAUUUUUUUGUUCUCACCAUGACACGUUUAUUUAUUGAUUCUGAUUGUAUUUUUUGCCACAGUUGAUACUCAUAACGGAUAAAUGUUCUUGACAGAAAGAAAGGCUGCUCUAGCUACCUGCAAUCAAGUACCUUUCAGUGUUCACACAAGCCUUCUAGACUGUUUUCCUGGCUUUUAAACACAUCUGAAAUCUUGUGAUGUAGCUUGGGAUCAGAGGAAGACGAUUUUCUCUUUGUCUAAAGGAACAAUGUUAUAUUUGUUUCUGUUUAAAAAAUAUGCUACUGUUUGUGAUAAACAAUCUGUAUGUUUGCCAGAUUUUUGUUUGUACAUUUUAAUAUGUACCUGUGUAUUUAAGUGUCUCUUAAGUGACAGAAAAGGAGAAUUGCAUUUUCAUAGAUACCUCAAUGUGUUGCAUUAACUGCUAAUGUUGUAAAUACUGAAUGUGUCCCCAAGUCUCAAUUUUUAUAUAAAAUCCUUUUACAUA